AUGGCCUUCAAGAAUCAAAAAGUGAAGCCUACCUGGGGAUCACGCGAAAGCAGCGCCGAAAGAGCUAAAGGUGAUGAACAAAGCUCGGCGUCCACGUACUUUCCGUUCAUUGCUGCUGAGGAAGAUGGCGAGCCUACAAAGGCUCAAAGCGAAGAGGCUGCACAGACACCUCAAAGCUAUACGUUCCCACUCUCGAAUCGUGCGAAAGCGAGACAAUACGAUCGGGAAGAGCGUGAAAAGAAGGAGAAUCGGAAGCGAAAAGCCAGAGAGCUUAUCGAAACCGAGGAUUUCCUGCCACUCUCAUGGAGUAGCGAGGACGAAGUUGAAGGCCCAUACUUUGUCCGGGAGCGCGGUCGAGCAGUCAUGCACUCCCGCACUCCUGAGAUCGCUACGGCAGCUCGACGAGUUUACGGUUGGGAGCAUACGAUCAAACGACGCUACCCGCCGGAGACCAUGCCCGCAGGAUGCCUUCGAUGCGGCCAAGUCGAUCACAGUUUUGACAAGUGCCCAGGAUCAACAUCCGAGGAAAGAGCCAAGAUCUUCCACGAAUGGAAGCCAAUUUUGACACGGCACAAGCAAUGCCUGAAGACGUCCAAACACGCAAAAAAGUGCCAAGCUACCGCGCAAUGGGUUAAAGAAGAAGAAGCCAAGCGCCAAGCAAACUUGAAGCGCAUCGAAAACGAGCCUCCCACGAAGAUGCGACGCCUGUUAGGGAGUACGGGCGAAGAGACUAUGGCAACAAUCAACGACGUGCUCGACGUCCCGUACUGCCCCGACAGCGGAAGCGACGUCGGCAUUAUCCCGAUGACAAUGGUAGAAGCACUCAAGGCCCUGGACGACACAGUCCGGCUUGAGCUGCUCCCCAAACCGUGGAUCGGACAAGUCGUCGGACAGACCUCGAUUACGUCCACAGAGACCGUCGAUCUGAGUGUCAAGUUGCACACGGCUGCCGGUCAGGUCAAGUUGCCUGGGAAACAUCGGUUCUACGUUGUCGACACGAACGACGAACUAAUCGUCAGCAAGUACUCGCUACAAUCCAUUGGACUGGACAUGACCAAGCUGCUCGAACAAGUGGCAGUCCGACAAGGCGAAGGCGACGGCGACGACAUCGGCGACCCCAAUGAGGGCGAAGAUGUCGCGUUCAAAAUAUGUGUGCGAAACUUGCACGAUAUGAACAAACAGCUCGAUGCCGAAGACAUGAGUGCUGCCGAGCAAUUGUUCGAGAUGGCUAUGAAGACCAAUUCAACUUUGGUCGCGGACGAUGCAGUCCAGCGAGACCAGUUGAAGAUGGUGGUGAUAGAUGCAGCGGCGAGCGGGGUGUGGCGAAGCAAGUUUCGUGGCACGGACCCGCCAGCAGACGUUGACCCGAUGGAAAUCCGUCUCAAGUCCGAUGCGCGCCCCCAUCGUUGCAAGCCGCGCAAAAUGAACCCGCUCACAAGCAUGUUUGUCGAAGCGUUCGGCCAACAGCUCGAACAAGACAACGUCAUUUAUGUGAACAACUCAAGCGCACACUACCAGCGAUAA